AUGGGAAAGAGGACGUCUUUGGCCCUGUUUUGUUGCUUGGUGUUGGAGAGCAUUUCUGUCCUUGGCAGGGAUCCCACGAGUUCACUCGAGAGGAUAACGGAGUUUCGUCAGCAGCACAGGAAGACCCUGGACGGGCGUCUCUGCGCUGCUGCGUUCUUGCACGACGACCAGACGUACACGGACUGCACGAGCGCGACUUCUCCGGAUGGGACGAGCGGACGAGAAUGGUGUUACGUGGAAGUGCAGCUGCUGGGGAAGGGGUCCCGUGAUUGGGACUACUGCGCCAACGCAGUGAACUAUAACAAGCUGAGGCUUCAUGCGAAGAAGGUUUUCGAGGACAAGUCGGUAGAGGCGGACAGACUGAAAGAGCGACUUCACGUGUUGAACAGUCGAGUACACAGCAUGUUGAACAAAUAUGAUUCUGUGUGUGGAAGCAAGCAUGAAGUGGUUGCAUCGAGAAUUGGGAAAAUUAAUCAGUGGGUUCAAACUGGUGUAGAAUCAUUAAAACAGAUUCAAGAGAAUGCUACCGAUUUAGAUGCAACGAGGAAUAUAAUGAAUAAAGUACAAGUGGAGAUGAAACGAGAAACUGAUGGGUUCACAGAUGUAGAACAGAAUUGUGAAAAUUUUGAAGGCUAUGAAAAGGAACCUAACCAUGAUGGACUUAAAGUUUUUUACUUUAAUAACCCCUUGUUAGAAGGGAUCCCAGUGGAGAGUAAAAUGGAAAACAGAAUCAACUUCUCCUACACCAAUAGGGGCCCAUCGGAUAUGGUCUCUCCUUAUAGAUACUCCAUGAGGUAUGAUGGUUACUUAAUGAGUCCACACAGCGGUAUGUACACUUUUACAUUUGAAACGAACUGUUACGCGAGACUUAUGUUAAACGGAAAGGUCGUUCUCUCACACGGUUUCGCGGAGUCAGGUGGGAAGAGACAGGGAGCAGCGAUGGGGGGGGAAACGAAUAACAAUGUGAACGCUUCCUUGUUUCAUUUACAUGGGGGAAUGUCCACCCUGGUUGAAAUGAAUGACGAACCGAGCGACGUCGUUAAGGUGUCCAUGCCGAUCGAGUUGGUCGGAGGAGAGAAAAGCAGAUUCAUCUUAGAAGUGUCUCACUCGUCUCACUUGAAAUACGAGAGUGGAAGUUUUAUGCAUGAGUAUGGCGUCCCCACGAAGGAAUCGUCCUCAGUAGAGGCGGGGGCAGCAGCGGCGGGGACAGCAGCAGCGGGGGUAGAGGCCACGGCGACGACAGGAGCGACGGCUUCCUUCGCCUUACUCUGGCAGUCGAGCAGAAUCGACAGACAGCCCAUUCAGAGUACAUACCUGUUUCAAGACAAUGUAGUCCCACCAGUGAGAUUCUCCGGAGUUGAUUCAAAUUUGUUUAGUGUUGGAGUGGUUGAGCAAGAGGAGCAAGUGUUUAUGGGUGACAGUAAGUGGGUGAUCAGGAGCGUACCUAGUAAGUACAUCGGGUUGCAUUUACUCAAAACACAUUCUAGACCCCAUUUUUCAAAUUUUUCUUUAUCGCUGAAUACGGGCUGUAAUCUUUAUAUCGCUGCACCGGUGGGAGAAGAACUUUUUCCUCUGAGUCCAGGCAAAGAUGGGAUGGCAUGGAAAGCAUAUGACACAGAUGAUCAUGUAGAAUUGAUUCAAAGUGUAACAAAGGAAAGGAAAGUUUAUAAACUCAAAUUUAUUCCUCUGAAGAAUGAAGCGGUUUUGAAAUUUGACGUCCUGGUUGGAGUUCCUUUUUUUCUUAUGUCACAGAGCAGGAAAAUAUUACCAACGAUUUGUUCUGGGGAUGAGGAAGUGUUGUCGAGUCCACAACAUGAAAUUUUUAAAGAAUGUACUGAAUCGAGUAGUCUCUCUCCUGAAUUUAAUUGCUUAGCUGGGUUCAGCACAUAUCACCGGGAUAAGAAGAAUCAAAUAUGGAAAAGCUCCCAUGGCUCUACAGGGGAGUACAUAAAGAUUUACUUCAAAAGACCUGUACAGAUUAAUAAAUUUAAAUUUAAACCUAGAGACGAUAUGUUGUCGUGGCCUUCAGAGUUGUCUCUCCUAUUCGAUAAUGAUGAGGAGGUGGUCAUACCAAUUCUUCACACACACAGCAUGGAACAAAAUACCACUAGGUUAGAACAUCCUAUUAUAACUACCUCUGUUAAGAUAGAAGUGAGAGAUAUGUUUGAACGAGGAAAUGAUAAUACAGGGGGUUCUUUCGAGUUAAUUGGUAGUACAUGUAAUGUGAUGGAAGACGAUUACCUGACUCAUCACGCAGUGAUUGAAAUUACUCAGUGUGACAGUACGUUAGAAAAUCUUCCAGAUGUCAUGCCACUGAUGAAGGGGGAUAAAAUACUAACCAUUUGCCAUCCUCAUUGUGUUGAAAAUUUAAAUACACAAGUUAUUUAUGGGUCAGACAUUUAUUCUACAGACUCAGCCAUAUGUAAGGCGGCGAUACACGCAGGGGUAUGCAGGGCCGAGGGAAAGGAGAAUUGUCGUUUUUUAAUUGUUGUAAAUGGUGGGCAGGCAAAUUUCGUGGGGACUCUGCAAAACAACAUCAUGUCUCUAAGUCGUAGCUCCAACUCCAAUUUUUCAUUUUCCCUCACCAGUGCCUUCACCGCCCGUGGGGGGGGUCCAUCACGCGCGUCGCACGCAGCGGCGGGUCCGAGCAGCUACUCCAUAGUGUUUAAGUUUGGCGACCAUUUUGAAGUGCCUAACAAAUUUUUAGUGGACUCAGGGAGAGAGUUUACACACUACGGCAGCUUUGGCUACGGAUGGAAGGAGGCAAUUUCCCCUUCCGCUACUUUCCCUUCCGCCACUUCUCCCUCUGCAGCGGUUGGAGAAUCGCCUUCGUUUAAGGGGGAUUACUCUUCCCCGUUCAAUGGGCUUUAUUCGGGCGGGAUUGAAUUUCCCCCUGCCUCAGCUAGCCAAAAUUGUAUUUCGUCACUACAUUGCAAAGCCAAUUUUUGGAAGUUCCAGAUGCACGAAAAUGGCACCUACUCUGUGCAGCUGUUAGUGGGGAAUAAAACAUCCCCUGAGAAGCAGAAGGCAUUCGUUGAAGUGAAUGGCAUUCCCAUUAUAAAAGGAGUGGAGCUUGGACGGGACGAGGUCUUUGUCGCCACGGAAACGUUUCAGGUGACGAACAGGUCUCUCGUCUUCACAUCCAAUUGCCUCGGUGGGGAAGACAGCACCUGCUCGAGGGCUCGGGUCAGCAUCCUGGCCGUUCAGAUUGUCAAGGCGUAA